GGGAAGGGGGAUGGACAGGGCGCGGCCUGAUCUUGUUAGCUCCGGUUUUGCUUUUGUGGUUUGUAUUUUCUGCUUUGUUUUCUACUUGUGUGUGCUGUGGUGGCUUUAAGGGUUGCUGGGGCCAACGCUCCAGGCCCCGCCAGCCCUCACAAGCGUUUCUCCUCUCCCCUAGGCCUGUCGCGCUGCCUCGCGGCCUAGCCCCACCCGCUGCCGCUACGCUGAAGGUUUGUAUUUGAAUGUCAGCAGCUGUGUCUGCAGUGACGUGAAGGACUUAAAGGCUGCUUUUAUACCCGUUGGCUGCUUUUAUCGGACCUUUGAACGUUUGGAACCGGACUCGGGAGGACAGAUCGGUGUCUGAGUCCUAAGGCAGUGCCUUCAGUGAGAUCCGGACUGCAGCAGAGGGGACACGCAGGGAUUGUCUCCAGGAAGGCCAACCGACAGCUGCACCGCAGCACUGCAGCACUCUGCCGGCUGGGCCAGGCCUGAACAGAGCAGCUUUCAUUGCUCAGAUCCCAACCAACAUGUCUGGAAAACGUGCUGCCAAGAAAAGCCCCGUGUUGGAGCAGUCACCUGAAAGGAAGAAACUUAAAAUCAGCCACCCGUCGCACCGCACGCAGCCCGGCCUGGUGCUCGUGUUGGGCCAGGGGGACGUCGGGCAGCUGGGCCUGGGGCAGGACGUGAUGGAGAGGAAGAAGCCGGCCCUGGUGCAGCUGCCGGAGCUGAUGGUGCAGGUGGAGGCAGGAGGGAUGCACACCGUGUGCCUCAGCGAGACGGGCAAAAUCUACACCUUUGGCUGCAAUGACGAAGGCGCCCUCGGGCGCGACACCUCGGAGGAAGGGUCGGAGUGCACCCCAGGACCUGUGCAGCUGCAGGAGAAGGUGGUGCAGGUCUCUGCAGGGGACAGCCACACGGCCGCGCUGACGGAUGACGGCAGGGUUUUCAUCUGGGGCUCCUUCCGGGAUAACAACGGGGUGAUCGGGCUGCUGGAGCCCAUGAAGAAGAGCACCGUUCCUGCGCUGCUUCAGCUCAACGUACCCGUUGUUAAAAUUGUCUCAGGGAACGACCAUCUGGUGAUGCUGACGGUGGAUGGCGACCUGUUCACGUGUGGCUGCGGCGAGCAGGGCCAGCUGGGCAGGGUGCCUGCACUCUUCUCCAACAGAGGAGGACGGAAGGGGCUGCAGCGCCUGCUGGUCCCCCAGCGUGUCCCUGUCAGAGGCAAAGGCAAGAUGCGCUUCCAGGAUGCCUUCUGUGGGGCUUACUUCACCUUUGCCAUCACACGGGAAGGACACAUCUAUGGGUUCGGCCUCUCCAACUACCACCAGCUGGGGACCCAGAGCACCGAGCCCUGCUUCUCCCCACAGAACCUGACAUCCUUCAAGAACUCCACCAAGUCCUGGGUCGGGUUCUCUGGCGGGCAGCACCACACCGUGUGCGUGGACUCAGAGGGUAAGGCUUACAGCCUGGGCAGGGCUGAGUACGGCCGGCUGGGCCUCGGGGAAGGGGCAGAAGAGAAGAGCACACCCACUGUCAUCCCAGACCUCCCCAGCAUCUCUUCCGUCGCAUGUGGCGCAUCGGUCGGCUAUGCUGUCAGCAGUGAUGGACGGGCAUUCGCGUGGGGAAUGGGCACCAACCACCAGCUGGGAACGGGCGAAGAGGAGGAUGUCUGGAGCCCUGUGGAGAUGACAGGGAAACAGCUGGAGAACCGCCUGGUCCUGGCUGUGUCCAGCGGAGGCCAACACACAGUGCUGCUGGUCAAGGACAAGGCACGGAGCUGAUCACUCCGUUGGGGCGCAGUGGGAUCGCGCGGCCCACGGGCGUCUCCUCCUGCCACCAGCCCCACAUUGGGCAGCUGCUUCCCUGCUCUGCUGUCUCCCAAACCACGGCGAGGGAAGGCAGAGGGCUCCCAGAGCCUUCUCAGGUGCCCCGUCUUCUGUUGCCUUCCAGGUAGCUGCACUGGGAAGGGAGGCACUGCGAGGAUGGAUUUUAUACAUUUAAGUUAUAGCAAUAGGGGGAGGGAAGCUGUGUGUGCUUGGGGCUGGUCAGGAGCCUGGGAGCUGUACAGUGGCUAACGUUGAAUUUUUUUAAAGAAAAUGUAAAGUAUUUUGGUUGAUUGAGGAAGAGAGGGAGGGGGGAAAAGAAGAAAACCUCUAAACGUUUGGAAUAAAUGGAGUUUUGAUAAGUGCUGGGUUUCCCUCUGCGUUG